AUGGCUCAAAUCAACAAGGUUAUCAUCAUAGGAGCAGGCCCUGCCGGCCUUGCAGCUGCUCUCCGUCUUCAAGAUAUAAACAACAUCUCUGUGACGGUGUACGAAUUAAGGGAGCAACCCACCCACCUUGGCGGCGCCAUCAACAUCCCGGCCAAUGGUGUGCGACUUCUCGACCGACUGGGGGUGUAUGAGCCACUUCUAGAAGGAGGCUCUAUCAUACCUCAGAUGGUCGUGCAUUCUAUCAACGGGAACGAACUGGGACGCCUCGACCACAUUGCCAGGAUCAAAGCCAAAACGGGAUAUGGAUUUAUGCGGAUUAAGCGGACAGUGGUUAUAGAUGCGCUUCUCUCCAAGGCCCAAACUUGUGGUAUUCCGGUUCAUUUCAAUAAACGCUUGGUGGCUAUCGAUGAAGACUCAGGCACAAGCGCUACAAUGACCUUCUCGGAUGGAAGCUGCGACACGGCAGAUCUGGUCCUCGGUUGCGAUGGUAUCCAUUCUGCUGUUCGGAAACUGCAUGUCGACCCGGAGAUUACGCCCGAGUACUCCGGGAUUUCAUCCAUGUCUUCUAUCGUCCCUGUGCCUACUGACCUGGAAGGGAUGCACGCCACGUUCACGUCGCAAGGAUCGGUGACGGUUGUUCCCUGUACAGACAACUUAGAAGAGAAGGAAUUGUUCUGGUUCCUCACACGACACAUUCCUGAACCGGACGCAGCAGACAAGAGGGAUGGGUGGAAUGAACACCGCGAGAAAGAAGUCGCGGGAUUCAAGAACACGCUUCAGGAUAUCACCCGCGAGAUUGGCGGGUCUUGGGGAUCUUUUCUUCAUGAUGUCGUCUCGAAAACCGAAACAGUCAACUUCUACCCCGUCUAUCGACUUCCACGUAGAGGCGUCUGGCACACCAGCCGGUGUGUCUUAAUCGGUGAUGCAGCACACGCAAUGCAACCACAUGUGGGACAGGGUGUGUCCAUGGCACUGGAAGAUGUAUUCCUUCUAUCUCGCCUGCUGAAGAAGGAAUCCACUCCGCUGGAGGACUGUCUACGCCAAUUCGAGACAAUUCGUCGUCCGCGAAUCGAAGAAUUCGCGGCCCAGGCGGCCAACAACGGUAACAGGUCACGUCAGAAGGGGCCGUGGCAAAUGACCAGGAUGGAAUGGGGAAUUUGGGCAUGGCUAUUAGCCCGUCGGGUGUUCAGCUUGUGGUCUUGGGGAAUUCGAGAGGAGGAUUGGUUAUAUGAUAUUGACGAGGUUGACAUUGAUUAG